AGAAGAGCCCAGAGUCCCAUCCUGCCACGCUACAAGGAGGGAAGAAGGAAAGAUACAGUGUCAGCAAAGAGACCUCCCUCGCCCCUACGCCCCGCGCCCCCACGCCUCGCUUCAGCCUCAGGACAGUCCUGCCGGGACGGUGAGCGCAUUCAGCACCCUGGACAGCACCGCGGUUGCGCUGCCUCCAGGGCGGCCCCGGGCUGCUCCGGCUCAGAAGAGCAACGCCCUCCGCCUGGGUACCCCGGACCGCGCACUUGCCGCAGCUUUCGUCGCGCCACUCUGGGCCUUGCCGGACGGGUCUGCACCUCCCAGAAGCUGUGGGCGCGCCGCUCAGCCACUCCAUCGCAGCACUUUCUCAGGCCCGCGCCGGAAGAAGAGCCAUGAGAACCUCAGGGUGCCUGCAGAGACGCUAGCGCCAUGGGCCUCGGCGAGACCCUGCUGGCGGGGCUGCUGGUGAUGGUGCUGGCUGUGGCGCUGCUAUCCAACGCACUGGUGCUGCUUUGUUGCGCCUACAGCUCUAAGCUCCGCACUCGCGCCUCGGACGUCCUCCUGGUGAAUCUGUCGCUGGGCCACCUGCUGCUGGCCGCGCUGGACAUGCCCUUCACGCUGCUUGGUGUGAUGCGCGGGCGGCCACCGUCGGCGCCCGGCGCGUGCCAAGCCAUCGGCUUCCUGGACACCUUCCUGGCGUCCAACACGGCGCUGAGCGUGGCGGCGCUGAGCGCAGACCAGUGGCUGGCCGUUGGCUUCCCGCUGCGCUACGCUGGACGCCUGCGACCGCGCGAUGCCGGCCUGCUGCUGGGCUGUGCCUGGGGACAGUCGCUGGUCUUCUCGGUCGCUGCACUUGGCUGCUCGUGGCUCGGCUACAGCAGCGCCUUUGCGUCCUGCUCGCUGCGCCUGCCACCCGAGCCUGAGCGCCCGCGCUUCGCAGCCUUCACCGCCACACUCCAUGCCAUGGGCUUCGCGCUGCCGCUGGCGGUGCUCUGCCUCACCUCGCUCCGGGUGCACCGGGUGGCACGCAGCCACUGCCAGCGCAUGGACAUCGUUACCAUGAAGGCGCUCAUGCUGCUUGCCGACCUGCACCCCAGUGUGCGGCAGCGCUGCCUCAUCCAGCAGAAGCGGCGCCGCCACCGGGCCACCAGGAAGAUUGGCAUCUCUAUUGCGAGCUUCCUCAUCUGCUUUGCCCCGUAUGUCGUGACCAGGCUGGCGGAGCUCGUGCCCUUCGUCACCGUGAACGCCCACUGGGGCAUCCUCAGCAAGUGCCUGACCUACAGCAAGGCAGCGGUCGACCCGUUCACGUACUCUCUGCUCCGCCGGUCGUUCCGCCAAGUCCUGGCCCGCAUGGCGCGCCAGCUGCUGAAGAGAACCCCGCGCCCGGCGUCCACCCACAACAGCUCCCUGGACCUGGCGAGCGUGGUGCACCAGGUGCUGAAGAGAACCCCACACCCGGCGUCCACCCACAACAGCUCCCUGGACACAGAGAAUGAUUCCUGCCUGCAGCAGACACACUGAGGGCCUGGCAGGGCUCAUCCGCCCCACCUUCUAAGAAACCCUGUGGAAAGGGCACUGGCCCUGCCACAGAAACGCCACUGGGGAACCCCCAGACACCGGCGGCUUGACUUUGAGCUGAGGCUGACGUACAGGAGAGGGCAGAUGUGGGUGUGGACAGCAGGAGCAGGGGAGGAGAACUCCAGGCUCGGCCACCUGGCUGCUGGUCGGCCCGGGACAGCGGUUCUUACUUUCUGAGCCGCAGCUUCCUCGCCCUUGUUCUGGGGUCGUGGCGAUACUUCGAGACGGUGGGUAGGGAAGCGUCUUGUGUGGCACGUGGUACCCUUGGGCGUCCUAUGAGUGACUGCUGUUCAUGUGGGUGAGGUGGUCACGCUUGCUCAGAGUCUCUUCUGCAGCCCAGGUGGACACCUGUUACUCC